GUAUUCAACAGAAUAUUGUAGAUCGUUACAAUUUAGAAGAUAUGACACACAAGACCUAAAGAAAGCAUAUUUGUUUUAGGACGGGGACGGUUACUGAUGCUUGACUGAUUACAAUUUUUAAGAGUCAAUCCUCGUAACUUUCAGCUUUAAAGAUGUCGUUCAUCUCUAGUAAAAGGCAAAAGAUUUGUACGAUCUGAACAGAAACCAGAGUAUCCCACGGUUAAGAGUUCAGGGGGCAGAGAAGUUCCCCAGGAACGCCAAGGAUGGGAUGGGGAGGCUCGGAUAGUUAGACUCUGACAAAAGACGAAGGUCUUCCACGACAUGGGUUGAUUUCAUAAAGAAAGCCACGGCUUUUGAGUCUGCGAGAUGUGAGCAGGGCCGUUAGUGACAGGUGGACUUUUUUGGAGGCCAUUACCUCACAGGCUUGCCACCUGGCCACAACCGGGAUAUGAAAACCUGUCCCCGAAUGAAACCAAGCCAGUCACCCAAAAACUCUCUUCAGCUGCAAUACGGAUGCGGCCAGGCCAUUCCUUUUACACAGCCGCUCGUCCGCCGCCAGGAAUUGUUCCCCGCUCUGCCCGUUUUUGACCGCCCUCCCUGCUGCUUUUCUCCCUUCGGACCCCACCACGUUUCCUUUUGGCGGCUGACAUGAGGGAAAGAACCACAACCCAAACCACUCCCCACCACCGCACUUCACUCUCGCGAGGCGAGUCCCGCACUAGAUGGGAUUUCCAGGUUAUCGCGAAGUUUGCUCGGGCGAGAUGGGCUGGUCUCGUCAGGGUUGAGGAACAGCUGCCACUUCUUGCCUUCUAGUAAGGAAAACCAUGUCAUGAAAAGCUGGCAGGAAACUUGGUGUCCUGGCAAACCGUUUUACUGCUCUGUGUCUCUGAUCAGAAGAGAGAAUGUAACUACAGCACAACCCUAAAUCGGCAAGCACAGUGCUGCGGGCAGAAGAUACUGAGGUUGUGCUGACAGUUCCUUUUUGUCACAGAAGUGAAUGCUCCAGAAAAACUCAAGCCCAAAUGGCACAACAAGAACAGAAGGACAAAGAUCACCAGAUGGGAUUGUGUCUGCUUUGUGGUUUACCAGCAGCGGGUAAAACAACUGUGGCUCAGGCCUUGAGCCACUCCUUAAGGAAGUGCAAGGGAUGGCAGUGUGUCCUUCUUUCUUAUGAUGACCUCAUUCCAGUGGAAGCCUUCAGUCGAACAGAGGACACCUUGGAAUCAGAAGCACAACAGCCUUUGAUCUCUCGCUGGAGGUUGCAUCGACAUGAGUUAUUGUUGUACCUUGAACACUUCCUUCAGGCACUUAUUGCAGGAUGCCAUUAUUAUUCUCCUCCUCCAAGCAGAACUGAAGCAACAUGGAAAAGCUUUGUCUGCAGUUUGAAAGAGCAAGGAUUAAUAUCUACAGGAAAAGAAGACUCUGCAUCCUGUCAAUAUUUAAUAGAUUCCCCCUCUCUCACACCAAUAUAUUUUAUUCUAGAUGACAAUUUUUAUUAUCGGAGUAUGAGGUAUGAAGUGUACCAGUUAGCUCGGCGAUACACACUGGGUUUCUGUCAGUUGUUCCUGGAUUGUCAGGUUGAAGUUUGUAUGCAGAGAAACAGUCAGAGAAAAUGUCCAUUACCUGAAGAAACUAUAUGUGCAAUGGUACAGAAAAUGGAAUGUCCAAAUCCUGAGAAAUAUGCAUGGGAGCGAAAUAGUCUCAUUCUGAAGAGUGCAGAAUAUUCAUUAGCAGAUAAUUUUCAGGUGCUUGAUCUCUUAUCUACUGCUCUGGAACAUCCGGUGAAACCCCUAGAAGAGAAUAUGGAAGCAAAGGAGAUGGAUCGUGCUAUUUGUGCAGCCAGUGUUCUUCAUCAAGCUGACCAGGGCAUCAGGCGAAUUGUGUCUCAAAUAAUGCAGAAUGCUAAAGACUAUAACCUUUCCCCCCAUGAAAUGAAGAGCUUUGCCACAGAGCUAAACAGGCUGAAAGCAGCAUUUUUGGAAGAUUUACGACACAAGUCCAAUGAGAAAAAUCAGUCUUGUCUACAAAAUAACAUUUUUAAUGUAAAUGUGGCAUUGUUAUUCAGCCAGCAGGCAGAUGUUGUUGUUAAGAAGUAUGUAAAUAAACAGUAGUAUUUUUCUGUGUUUGGCAAAGCAGAGAAGGGUGGAUUCUAGCAAGAACUUAGCCAUUUGCUCCAGGCAUUGUGUUGCUUUGUAGGAGGGUUACCCUGAAGGAUGUGUAGAAACUAGGAUUUGACAUUUUCCGUGCUAUUCAUAGGAAAGAGACUGCUCGUAAUUGACAUCUUCCUGAUCUGUGGUUUCUCAGCCUCAAUAUGGCUGUAAAUAAAAGCCUCCUCAAAAAGAAUUGCAAUGUAUCUUACCUGUAGCAUCAAAUGUUGAUAAAACCAGGUCCUUAACUCACGUGUAGCCAAACAGCAGCGUGCACAUUAGUGCUGUGCAGAAGCACACGUUACACCCUGGCCUACUCUGUCCCUGAAUAAGACAUGGCUUUUUAACAUGUUUCAAAACCUUUAAGGAUGGUGGUUUUCUGGAUUGUUUGUGAUUGAUUUGGCGGCCGUUUGACAUUGGCUAUGGCCUUUGAAGAGGCUGGUUCAGAGAGAGGUUCUAGGGGACUCUUGUUUGAGGCUAAUAUAUUUUGCUUUUCUGCCUUCUCUCCUCUAACCUUGGCAUUUAGCAUACAGGAGGACCCCCAUAUCCAUGGUUUCUCUUAUCUAGUCUGAAAAUAUUAAAAGAAAAAAAUGUUUUCAUGUGUAUUAUCAGAACAGGCCACUGGAUGGAGGUAGAGACUGUGCUAUGAAUACUUGUUAGUGAAGAAUACAUUGCAUGGUUUCUGGCACUCUGUAGUGGUCAGUGCUGGUAAUGCAUGUCAAAAUAUUUUUCCCCUUUUUACCAUAAUAUAUAGCUAGUGGUUAUAUAUCCACAGGGGUUUUGAACCAAUUCCCAGCAGAUAUGGGGGUCCUACUGUACAAAUGAAACAUAGAAGAGAUGAUCUGGUGUUUGAUGACACUAGUGUACUUUUACUUGCAUAAAGUUCCCCAGGAGACGUUUGGUUUAGUGUAGUUCCUAUUGUGGAAUGCUUGACAACACAGUCUUUUUUCAUGUGUACCCAGCAAGUAUCAUCAAGUUCAAUGGUCUUAAUGGUCAGCCAAAAGUUUAAUUUUCCUUUCUGGAUACAACAGCAUUAUAUAAAAUCUUUCUGGUUCCAAUUUUCAUUCCCACUAUGCAACAUAAGUUCUGAACACUGGAAUAGAUAGUGGCAUGGGUUUGAAACACACAAACAAUAAAUGGUCACAAAGAAAUGCACAAAACGGAAUGGCUUUUAGCAGAAAAACUCUUGGCUACAAUUGUUAAAGGUGUUCAGAUAAAUUGGAAAAUGUGCUAAGGUUGGCUGAAUUACAUUUCCUUGCUCAAAAAAUUAACAUGUGGCAUAAGGGGCCAAGACUGAAUGCUUUCUGUCUAGCAGUGUCAUCACAAUAAAUAGAAUCAAGAUGGACCGCAUAGUAAAGAAUCUUUUGAAGACACAACUCAUCUAAGUGAAAUUUUUUCAAGUGGCCUAGAACACUUGAAA